UGAAGCGAGCACCAUGUUAUCAUUUAACUAUGUCGAUUAUUUUUUAUAAAUCUUUUACCUUACAUAUGUUUAUUUAGAAGAAUAAAUUAAUUUUGUUGUAAACGAAAAUGUCUUACAACCAUUUGAAAGGUCGCGAGCUUGCUCUGGCUAUGCUUAGAGCACUGCCAAGAGUAAGUUUAGCUAACCUCACAUCAAAUCCGGGAUCUAGAAAAUAUCCUAAAAGAGGACGAGGUCAGCAUGGAGGUGACAAACAUGGAGCUGGUAAUAAGGGUUCUGGACAGAGACAAAAUUUUAUGAGACUUGGCUAUGAAACUGGAAACACUCCAUUUUAUCUUCGAUUUGGUUAUGAACCUUAUUAUAAAGGACACCAUUUAAGACGGCAGUAUCCUCCUGUGUCAUUGCAACAGCUUCAACUGCUUAUUGAUACAAAUAGAAUUGACUCAUCAAAGCCUAUAGAUUUAACAGCUCUAGUGAACACUGGUGUUAUUGAUGUUAAUCCAAACUGGAAACAUUAUGGCAUAAAUCUUACGGAUGAGGGAGCAGAUAUAUUCCAAGCAAAAGUUAAUAUUGAAGUUCAAUGGACAACAGAACCAGUAAUUGCAGCUAUUGAAAGAAAUGGUGGGGUGAUAACAACAACGUUUUACGACUUGCAAUGUGUGCAUGCUGCAGUUGAUCCAGUAAGGUAUUUUAAAAAAGGAGAGCCAAUACCUCGACGAUUGUUACCUCCAAAUGAUUGUCUAGAAUACUAUUCAAGUGCUGCAACAAGAGGAUACUUAGCGGAUCCGGAAAAAAUAUCGCAAGAACGACUAGUUCUGGCACAAAAGUACGGCUAUGAACUUCCAAGAAUUGAAGAUGAUCCUGAUUAUAAAAUGUUAACAGAACGUAAAGAUCCUCGUCAAGUAUUUUACGGACUGCAACCAGGAUGGGUCGUGAGUCUGCGAGAUAAAUUGAUUCUAAAGCCAAAGGCAGAUUAUCUUAAUGAAUAUUAUAAUAGUUAAAUUUUAUACUUAUAUUAUAUUUGAGGAAAUCUUAUGUAUGUACGUUAUUAAUGUUUACAUUUUACAUUUACAGUAAAAUGUUUAAUUAAAAGUAUAAAUGGCAUUUAAUAGACAUUUUUACAAACUGUAACGUAAAACUAAAAACAAGUAGACAUGUAUAUUGGUACAAUAAAAAAAGUUUAGAUUUGUUUAUGUACUUUAUAUUGCAGAAUUAUUUUGAAUUAAUAAGUUGAAUGCAAAAUAAUCAACAGCUGCAGUAAAAAUGUUUUGUUGUUUCAAAAUCUACAGUGUUUAAGUGGUAAUCAUAUAAGUAAAUAAGACAAAGAGUAAUAGGAUUACGUAAAGGUUUUGUAAAUGUUGUAUUUUCUAGUUCUUAUUAUGCAUGUUACUGUUUGUUGAAUAAUGUAAAUCAUCAUAAUACAUACAAAUGAGUUUGAGUUUUACUUAAUACAU